CUGACGGUGCAGGAUCAGAUCAAGUUUCAGAGUUAUUUUUUGGGUUAGUUAUUUUGUGUGUUUUAUUUCACACAGCCUGGCCAGCCCUCUAGCCUUCCACUCCCUCUCCCGUGCCCACAAAUCUGCCCAGCACCCAGCCUGCCAGCCAUUCUGUCACGUGAGGCGGACAAGGAAACUUCAGAGUGCAGCCUGAUUUGUACAAAAGUUUCAGGCAAGAAUGGCAACAGCUAUUGAAUAUGAGACUUUGUACACUGGACAGAAGAUGCCACUAAUUGGGUUAGGUACUUGGAAAAGUGCACUUGGCCAGGUAAAAGAUGCAGUAAAAUAUGCCCUGGGUGUUGGCUACCGUCACAUUGAUUGUGCUUAUGUUUAUGGGAAUGAAACUGAAGUGGGAGAAGCCAUCAAAGAAAGUGUUGGAUCUGAUAAGGCUUUAAAGAGAGAAGAAAUAUUUGUUACCUCCAAGCUUUGGAAUAAUAAACAUCAUCCAGAUGAUGUAGAAUGUGCAUUAAGAAAAACACUGCAAGAUCUUCAACUGGACUAUCUGGACCUGUACCUAAUGCACUGGCCAUAUGCUUUCAAGAGAGGAGAUCAGAUAUUUCCACAGAAUACAGAUGGAUCAUUGCAGUAUGACCUUACUGAUUACAAAGACACCUGGAAGGCUAUGGAGAAGUUGGUGGAGAAGGGAUUGACCAAAGCUAUUGGUCUAUCCAACUUUAACAAAAGACAAACGGACGAUAUCCUUAGUAUUGCUACUGUUAAGCCAGCAGCGUUACAGGUUGAGUGCCAUCCCUACCUUGCACAGAAUGAGCUAAUCUCCUAUUGUCAUGCACACGGGCUUGUAGUAACAGGCUACAGCCCACUGGGAAGCCCAGAUCGGAGUUGGAGGAAACCAGAAGAUCCAGUUCUGUUAGAAGAACCUGGUGUUAUUGCAAUGGCAAAAAAAUAUAAUAAAUCUGAAGCACAGAUUCUUCUCAGGUGGCAAGUUCAGCGAAGAGUUGUCACUAUUCCUAAAAGUGUCACACCUGUCCGUAUUCUACAGAACCUUCAGGUUUUUGAUUUUUGUUUAAGUGAAGAAGAGAUGCAGCUAAUCGGUGCACUUAAUAGAAACUGGAGAUAUAUUAUCCCUCUGAUAACGGUGAAUGGAAAAUCUGUUCCCAGGGAUGCUGGCCACCCCUUGUAUCCAUUUAACGAUCCAUACUAAAACAGUAUCUGUUUGGAGCUUGCAUGGGAGUUAAAGUUUUUCAACAGCUGGUUUUCCUUUUGUUAGCCAUCGCAGCUUUAUUCAUUGUGCAUUCCUAUUUUUUCUUGAAAUGACAUUUAUGUACAGUCUGCUUUUUGUUGUACCUGCUGUUUGUCUAUUCUUUGUUCUGAUUCAGCCAAAACGGCACCAAAUAGAAACAUUUCAGAUCAGUACUGUCGUCAGUGAAAAUAAAUAGAUUGCUUUUCUUGAAGAA